GUCAUGUUGUUUUCAAAGUGUAUUUUAACAAUUUUGUUAUUGAAUAUAGCACGUGAAAGUUCAUGUAAACCUAUGACUGAUGAAUACAUAACAGAGGCUCGGGGUAUUGGUAGCACGUUGUGGGGCUGGAUCACGUACCCUUUCUCCUGGUGGAGUUCCGGCGAGCCAGCGCCCGUCAACGAUCAGCUGAUUGGAUCCACGACGUUAGGACCCUACGAUAACAUAGAAGUGGAACGGCACAAUGUCACCGUUUGGUGCAACGAUCAGACAUGCACCACUAUGAGAUGCGAUAAAUACGGCUGCAAGAACACAACUUGCAAUAUUUAUGACACCGAUAUGAAGGGUCAGUGCCGCGAAUACGUGACGAAGCCAGAUGAACCAGCGCCUACGAUUUCGAGCGAAGCAACGAAUUCUUCACAAACAUCUGAAGUUACGGAAGCCACGCAAAAACUACCAUCGAAACCAGACAUUGUUACUAAUGCACCCGAAAUUAAACCAGUAGUUGUGACUAACAAUCCUGAAACUAGCCAAGCUGUGGACGAGAGGCCUUUGGAACUUGAAGCGGUUUUAUCCUCUACUGUCACCGAAGCUAACGUUAAGGAUCCCCAGGCAGACGUUGUGAACUCCAGCGUUUAUAAGGCGUAAAAUCUUUUGAAGUAUCCACUACAUCAUAUCUAACGGAGAUAAAAACAGGUAUGGCAAAUUAUAUUCAGUCAAUGAUAGAAGAGUACGCUACGAAGCUCACAAACACACUGCUAGAGAAUCUUGACAUCUCAUCUUUCUGUGCCGACGGCGUGUGCUACUACACUGCUUGCGAAGAGGAAAACUGUAGACUGCGCUAUUGUAAAUACUACAUACUGACCAACGAAGAGAAAUGCACCGUUAAACCAACGACCACAAAGUUCAGUAUGCAUAGAAAUAAAGUACUAUCUAUGAUCGGUAAUUCCAAAAACACAGAAGACAAUGAAAUCAAUAUUAUAAAUAAAAUUUUGAAUAAGUAGUUACCUACCUCACUAAAAUGAUGUUCACAGAAUCAAAACAGAAGAUCAUUGAAACGGUAUCACUAUGGUCUAUUUCGACACAGUACCUGCUUAUCUACAACCUUAGAGAUAACAAGUUCCCAACAAGUUUCAGGUAAUAUUUUAAGAUUAAAAUAGAACAGUUUCUUACGCCGAAAUCAGACCUAAUACUGCCUACCUAGUUUUAGGCGAAUAUAAAACACAUUUUUUUUAUUAUUGUAAUAAUAUAUUUGCUUAAAGAUUUGUUCGUUUCGUUUGA